CGGAUCCGGAAUAAUAGCCCAUUGAAAUGUAUUAUUCCGGAUCCGUCCUAACAUCUUCAGUUGUUACGACGCAACGACGGAUCCGGAAGUUGCGUCUGCGCCUGCACCAGGAAGUAGGAAGGUCUUGGCUGGCGCGAACUUCCACAGACAACCCGCGCGGGAGAGGACAGGUCGUGUCUUCAGCUCCUGGAGGUGAGUAUUCAGUGUGUGUUAUGUCUUUUAAUACAUUAACUACAUGCAUCUACUAUGUCCUAGACAUAGUAGAUGCAUGUAGGAGGCAGCAAAUGAAUGUUGGGGGUAGUAGUCCCCUGGGGAAUGCUGCCCCCAGCACCCACCGUGCAGUCACCCCAGCUUCAGUCCCAAGUGCUUUUUCUUUGGGACUGCAGCUGGCUGGGGUGACUGCAUGGUGGAUGUUGGGGGUGGUAGUCCCCUGGUUAAGGUGGUACUGUUGUUUAAUAUUAAUGUGUUAACUUUCAUCUUUUUGUUCUCAUUUUUCUUAGGUUAUAUUUUUUGGGAGACAGACCUGAUCUUGAUAGUUUUUAAAAAAAUGUCCAGCUAUUCAAGUGAGUCCGGGAACUCUCCUCCAAGGCGACGAGUUCGCUUGGAAACACAAUCGUCAACGGAGGAGAGGUAUUCCGGCCCUGCUCCGACAGCGGGAGAGGAGGAAGUCGGGGGUGGACACCAUGAAUCGUCUAAUCCUACUGUUGCCUCAAGAGGUCGUCAGCAACCACCCACAAGGCGCCGGGGAGCACGCGGCGGUCGGGGACGUGGUUCAAGGGCCUCUGCCAGAACGGAUGAGGAGGAAUUAUCCGGUUUCUAUUUCAACAAUGAACUCCUCAUCCAUCUGGUGGAGGAACGCGUCCCACUCUGGGACCAUACCGACCGCCGCCAUGCAGACCAUCACCUGACCCGGAGUCUGUGGAUGUGCAGCAUACGGAUGGAGAUUUGCAGAAAAAUGCUGACGGAUUGGGACGACCUCAGUGAAGGCAAACAGGAAGAUUGCAAGACGGCAGUCAUGGUGCGAUGGCGCUCAAUAAGGGACCGCUAUAAGAAAGACGAGGAGGUCAAUCGCCCGAGUGGGUCUGGCGGAACCCACCGGCAGCCGUACCGCUAUGCGGCUGCCCUAGGGUUCCUACGUAGAACCCUAGAGCUGCGAAGAACAACUAGCAGUACUUGGGCGCCAGAACCUCCUUGUGAAAGUCAUCAAGAGGCGGUCCCUGCUGAGCUGCCACCCGCGGAUCCCUCUCCACCUCGUCCAGCACCUGGUCAGGACCCAAAUCGUCCUCUACUGGUGCCCUCUGGUGACGCAACAAUGGCCGUUAUGGCGCCACUUUUUGAGGCGUUGAUGCGUUGCCAGAGGGCCGGUAGAAGCCGCCAAGCUGAUUAUGAAGACCUCACAAGGCUCUUGUAUGAGACCUUGUGUGGUUACAGCAAUAGGAUUGUAGCCAUGGAGGCCGAGCUGAGAAGUCUGCGGGAGUGUGUGGCGCAGUUUUCUCAGCCGGGCCCGCUACAAACCUAUUGGCCGUCAGUUAAUUAG